AUGAACAUCCUCCACUCCACACUCUCCACCUGGCGCGACCGCCUCGCCCCGGUCUCCCGUACCUCAACGUUCCGCAACACGGGACAAAUCACGCCCGAAGAGUUCGUGCUGGCCGGCGACUACCUCGUCUAUAAGUUUCCAUCAUGGGCGUGGGCCGACGCUUCCUCGCCCGCUAAGCGCGUAUCGUAUCUCCCCGAGGGGAAGCAGUUCCUGGUGACGCGCGGGGUCCCCUGUCAUCGGCGGCUGAAUGAUAACUUCGCGGGGGAUGCAGGCCACGACGAUGAGAUCGUCCGGGACAUGUUGUCGGGCGGGGCCGGGGAGGAUGAUGACGAUGGGUGGUUGAGGACGGGGGGCGGCGGGGACGCUGCCCAUCGGGACAGGGAGACUCGGAUUCCCGAUGUGCGGACCGUCGAUGAGGCGGGGAAUAUGGGCGAGAAGGAAGAGGAAGAGGAAGAGGAGAUUCCCGAUAUGGAGGAUGACGAUGACGAUGAGGAGGCGAUUAUUCGUGAGCCGGUGGGAGGGUCGGGGAUGACGCAACCGACCCGCACCUACAACCUCUACAUCACAUACUCCAACUUCUACCGGACCCCGCGACUCUAUCUCUCCGGAUACCUGUCUCCCUCGGAACCCCUCCCCCCACCGCUCAUGAUGGAGGACAUCGUCGGCGACUAUAAAGACAAGACCGUGACGCUGGAAGACUUCCCGUGGUUCGACGGCAACGUCAAGAUGGCCACCGUGCACCCCUGCCGCCACGCCUCGGUCAUGAAAACCCUCCUCGACCGCGCCGACGCGGCGCUCAAGAUCCGCUCCGAAAAGCUGAAGCAGGCGCAAGCUUCCUCCACGACAUCCUCCGCCCCCGCCGCCGGAAGCGGCCUCGAAGGCCUAGUCGACAACGUCAAGGAUCUGUCUUUGUCCGAACAGCAACAGCAGCAACAGCAGAGCGGCGCCGGCGGAGACGAAUGGGAAGUUCUGCAGCACGACGAGGAAGACCAGGUAGCUAUCCGGGUGGACCAGUAUCUGGUUGUUUUCCUGAAAUUUAUCGCGAGUGUGACACCUGGUAUUGAGCAUGAUUAUACAAUGGGUGUAUAG